AUGGCUGCAGUUGUAGCAGCUUCAUCAUCUAAUACUAGUCUAUUUGAUAGCAGCCAUCAGCGUCGCAACAAUCGUCAAUCAUUCAACCAGCACAGCCAUCACAGUCAUCAUCAUCACUACUGUCAUCACCAUCAUUAUAGCAACAGCCACUACUACCACCAUCAUCGGUCCACGAGGACCAUCAACCGGGGCGGCGGAGGCAGACGAACCGGUGGCCACCAUCAGGACUGCUGUGGGGGUGGCAGUAGUGAGGAAACCAUCGGCAUUGGAUGUAGCAGCAAUCCAAACAAUGGCGGUAGCAAUACCGGCAACAACAACAAUAACAACAACAGCAGCAGCUGCCGUCGAAGCGACGCUGGAGGAGGAAGCGUCCGAAGCAGUGGCAGUGGAAAGCGUUGCACUUUUGCAGCGACCACAACCACAAUUCCCAACAGCACCGGUGGCGUGGGUGCCGUAGGCGGCGGCCCAGCAGGUGAAGGCGGCAGGACGCACAGCUCCGGCAGAUACGGUAGCAGCCGAAAGCCGAAACCCCUCGCGCCGACCCUGGUCAGCCAGGGUUCGCGGGAGUUGGUACAAUUCGAUGACAAUCCACACAUCACAGUGCACAGUCAAAGCUCAAACAGCAGUACAUCGUCGUUGAGGAUUCUCGAGUGA